GCUUAAUUUUUGAGCAUGCAAAUAAUUCUACUUUCGUUCUUUUUCAAUAUUAAGACUGAGUUUAAUGUUUUGCAGGUUGAGUUCUGCAUUUGCUUGCUGCUAACAAUUCUUGGAUAUAUUCCUGGUAUAAUCUAUGCUUUGUAUGCCAUUGUGUUUGUGGAUCGUGAUGAGUACUUCGAUGAAUACAGGCGUCCCCUUUACUAUCGCGAGCCAUAGUACUUCUCCGGGGUAUUUUCCUUUGUGUUUUUCCUCAUCCAACUGCUUUGUAAUGUCAUGAAGUUAAACUCUUUACUUUGUAUUGAUCUGAUGUAAGAUGUUUAAAGGUUCUUCUUAUUGAUGAUGGAUGCUGAAGUUCAAAUUUGUUAAUAGCUGAAAUUGGUUA